AGACUCUCGCAGUAGUCGCAGGUCUGACUUAAGCGCGAGAGAUUCCGAAGCCAGUGACUCGGCUACGAGAAACGACUCGGCAUCGUGAUCCGUUCAGCCGAAGGACCAUCGGUUAGUGCCCGUUUUUUUGCAGCCGACGAAACUUGUGAUGAAUUAUUCAGUGAAAAAUUCAGGGUAUAGUGCCGGAAAGUGUGAAUUAUGAAUUGUUCGAACGGAUUUGCCCGUUUAGAUAGUUGGGUUCGCUCACUUUUGGAUUAAGUGGAUUAGAUUGAAGACGUCGGUCGUCAAGUAUGAAUCUGCCAGUGAAUUCGCAAAAAAUAGGUGAUAUGGCCUCGAUUCGUAGACUGAUAGGCGAAGAAGCCACAAUCACCGGAAUGACCUGUCCCAGCUGUGAUAUGCCGUUCGACAAGGGUAAAAAGAGAAGAUUGAUAGAUAACUGUGGACACGAGAGAUGUUACUCUUGCAUGUUCUACAACGAAGUAUGCCCGUUAUGUUUUGUAAAUAAUCAAGAAGACGAAAUAGAUGGUAUUAUCACAUCGCCAAACAACAUAAAUUUAAAAGGAUCUCAAAUAACGCUCUAUGGCGAAAUAACACCCCAAUAUCUUAGGACUGACGAAAAAAUACCCUGUAGGACGAGGGUUAAAACAAAUGGACAUUUCACGACACCAACUCAGAAGAAGCAGGAGCACAUAUCUUCUGUUCAUCCGGAGAAACUGCCAAAGACAAGGCCGUCCAACUCCAGGUUUCGUACUGAUCAAAACGUGAUGGUCCAGAGCUGUCCAACGCCACCGCAAUCCAGGAGGAAGUUCUUCCUCAGUCCCAAAGCCCUGAGGAAUUCCAUCACGCAGAGUCAAAGCGAGAGACAGAGCGUUGAAUCCACCAUGUCAGCAUCCACAGAAUUACGAAAUUGGCGGAGUGUAGUGUUGGGAAAGAUCAAGUCCUUGUGGUCGACAGGGGCGUCUCACGCUAGCGCUGGUCUAAAUCAACUCUUAUCAGAUGACGGUACUGAGGGUUCAAACCCGAGAGUAGCAAAAAAGAAUUCCGACAGUGAUAUGUACAUGAGGUUGGGACUUCUGUUGGGCGAUUCUGCGCAAAGAAACAAGGGGAAUAUGAAGCAUCACGAUUCAAACCAUUCCUUGCACGGUUACGAAGUGAUCUCUUCGAACACUAGUCCAUUAUCGACGUUAACUGGUUCUUCUGAAGACCAACAUAGGAUGAAUCCGUACUCUGAGAGUACGAGUUCGAUUAUGUCGAUGUCUAUGUCGGGCCAUAGCAACUGUAGUUCGAGCCCGGUCGGUAGGAGGCGUUACAUUCCAGUUCAAGCCCAGGUGGAAGAUAGGACACCAAGGAAGAAUUUCUUCAAGAGGACGGCGAAAUCACCGAACGAAAUCAGUUUUCCACAAUAUAAACCCCCGCAGCUCACUCUGAAACCGUUGUUUUUCGAAGUGCCAUUACAGGAGCCAGACCCACUGUUCAUCGGUAGACAUUGGUUGAUAAAAGAGAUCGAGGAUGUUUUAGUGUCUACGAAUCCGGGAAUACUGCUGACAGGCAACCCUGGAACUGGAAAAACCGCCUUCAUCCUGCAGCUGGUACAAUACAGCUGUUUCGGAAGAAGAAAAGACCAUUUCCACAUAAGCGCCAACCAGAACAUGAACACGAUCGAAUCUUCGGUGUGUCCCCAGAGCAUCUACUACCAAAUAGACUUGGUGAUGGAGAGGAUCAAGCAACUGUCCAACAGCGUCGUCGCCUACCACUUUUGCCAAGCUGACAACAAUAACACCUGUCUCGUACCUGACUUCAUACAUUCACUGGCGGCUCAGUUGUGUCAGGCUCCGCAGUUGGCAGCCUACAGGGAUCAUCUGUUGAGCGAGCAGCAUCUCCAAUCGGCCUUAUCCCUCAAGGAAUGCAUAGCGAAUCCGGACGUGGCCUUGGUGAGGGGUAUUCUGGAACCUCUGACCAAUUUGGAGAAAUCUGGGAAGAUUAAGAACGUGAAUUAUAUAAUUCUGAUAGACGCUCUUUGCGAGGCCGAGUACCACCGACCAGACCACGGGGAUACCAUCACGACCUUCCUGAUGAAACACAUACCGAGUUUUCCUUCGUGGUUGAAGGUUCUCGCCACUAUCCGGACGCAACUUCAAGACAUCGCUAAGCACCUACCGUACAGCAGGAUAAGCCUGGAUAGUUGUAACGAGAACAUUCAGAAGGACAUGUUGAAUUACAUCAACUUUAGGUUGCAGAACAGUCCGAGUAUACAGAAUAAUAUAAUAGCGUCGACCAGUGGGAAGUUGGAGAGUGAAUCUGUUUCACUUCAUAAGUUUUCGCAGCAUCUUUUGAAUUUGAGCAAAGGUUCCUUCCUCCACACCAAACUCACCUUGGACCUGUUGGAAAGGGGGCAUUUGGUAGCUAAAUCUUCAGGGUACAAAGUGCUACCAGUCAGUCUAGCCCAGAUUUACUUGCUCCACUUCAACCUUCGUUUCCCCACGAUCCGUUCGUUCGAGAAAGUCUCCAAUAUCCUGAGCGUGUGCCUAGCAGCCCUGUAUCCCUUGACGCUCCUGGAAAUCUAUUAUUCGGUCAACUCCCUAUCCAUGGAAAACUUCACAACGUGGUCGGAUUUCCUCCAGUCCUUCAAACUCCUCUCCGGCUUCCUGAUCAAACGGUUGGACAACACCUACAUGUUCUUCCAUCCUUCCUUCAGGGAAUGGCUGAUCAGGAGGGACGAACACGAGAACAACAAGUUCCUGUGCGAUCUACGCUCGGGUCACGCUGCCAUAGCCUUUAGGUUGUCCAGGAUCCAGGCGCCUUUGGACGCUGAAAAAACCUUGGAACUCUCCCAUCACAUACUCAAGGCGCACGUGUAUAGGAACAUCCAAACGGCCGAUUUGAGCUCCAGGGAUCUGCAAGCCUUCUGGAUAUCGGACAGUUCCUCGAACACCUCCGAUUCCAUAUGCCACAUGAGGAACAUGUACAGUCCCAACGUUAAGGUGUCCAGGUUGUUGUUACUGGCCGGGGCUUCGCCCAAUAGCAUCACGACUUUCUUGGGAAACGCGCCUAUUUUGUGUAUGUACGCCAACGAAGGUAUUGUUCCUAUGGUAUCGCUUCUACUGGAGUUCGGAGCCGAUGUGGAGCUCGCCAACAGUCAAGGAUGCACCGCGUUAUCGUUAGCUGCAGCUAAGGGUCAUUGUGAUAUAGUUAAACAUUUAAUAGCGGCUGGGGCCAGACCUGGUCAUCCUGACACCGCCGGAAAUUGCUCGUUGGUCCACGCUGCGAGGAACGGUUACCUCAACGUAGUAUCUUAUCUCAUAGCCUGUGAUUGGAGCUUGGAUUCCAUCGACGUACAACUGGCCGAAGCCGCGCAACAAGCCUUGAUCGCGGCUGCCGGUCAAGAUCACCUGGAAAUAGUGGAGUUUCUGCUGGAUAUGGCGGAGGUCGGCAUCGAUGUUCCGGAUACGAUAACGGGCGAAACGGCCUUGACUAUAGCCGCGACGAACGGUUGUAACGACGCGUGCUCGGUUCUGAUCGCGAGAGGCGCGAGACUGAACAUACCGAAUAAGAGGAUGUUGGCGCCGCUGCAUCUGUGCGUCAAGGAGGGUCAUUGGGCGAUCGCCGAGAAGUUGCUGCAGCACCAGGCGUCCAUCGAACAAGCCGAUAAAACUGGGAAGACGGCGCUGAUGUACGCGGCUUCCGAAGGCUUCGUCGGUUUGAUCGAGCUUCUUCUAGAUAAAGGAGCCAAUAUCCACAAAGAAGACUCGGAUGGUCUGACCGCCUUCUGUUGGGCCUUGCUGAGAGGAAGGCAGCUGGCAGUUCAGUGUCUGAUAGAGAGAGGGGCCAAGAUAAACCAUACGGACAAGAUGGGUAGAACGCCGUUGGACCUGGCAGCUUACCAAGGAAAUUCCACGACAGUGCAACUGUUGCUCGAUAAGGGAGCCAUAAUUGAACACGUGGAUAUAAAUGGUAUGAGGCCGUUGGACAGGGCGAUCGGGUGUCGGAACGUACAAGUCAUACACUGCUUCCUCAAGAAAGGUGCUAAGCUGGGGCCUGCUACGUGGGCGAUGGCUGCCGGAAAACCCGAAAUAAUUCUCAUUCUGCUGAAUAAAUUAUUGGAGGAUGGUAAUAUUCUCUACAGAAAAAAUAGACUGAGGGAAGCAGCUCAUCGUUACCAGUAUGCCUUGAAGAAAUUCCCACCAGAUGAACAGGGUGGAAAUACUCAAGCUUUCAACCAACUUCGUAUCAACUUUCUAUUGAACUAUUCAAGAUGCAGGAGAAAACUAAAUGAGACCGACGAAGCAAUAGAAUUAGCCAACGAAGUGUUGUCGAUGAAGCCAGAGUCGUACGAGGCGUACUACGCAAGGGCGAAGGCAUAUUUGAGCCUGUCGAACUACGAGCAGGCCCUGAAGGAUGUCAAGGAAGCUCUCAAACUGUCGCCGCUGCAGAACAUGCAGAUCAGAAAAGUGCUCGUUUAUUUGAGGGACGAGAUCAAUUCGAAACUGAACAAUCCCGGUCAGUUGCCGAAAAAGGAUUUUACUGUAUCUGUGGAUGUUCUGAACGAGUGAAAUUGUAUAUAGAUAGUAAAACUUGUUGAAUUUUAUUGAGCACGGGGACAAAUUAUAAACGUGUUUGUUGUAGUAUAAACUGAUGAAUGUUUAAAAGAAGACUGAUAAAAAUUUACAAUUUUUCAAAGUAAUGAUAUUACUAUAUCCAGUUUGUUCAAUAAAUCCUAUUAUACUCUCUUUUGAUGUCGACGAUUUUUGUUAUCUUCUCAAUAUUGAGAUAUAUGUUGAGAUAUAAAAGUGAUAUAAAUCGAAACUUAUUUUUAUAGAACAAUGUAAUAAUUGAUGAUGUAUUUAUAAUUUAUUUAAAGGAAACAGUUAUUCAUGAUAGCGAGUAGCAUGUCUAAAUUAUUAUUUAUUCGUUAUUUAAACAGAAUGGUUUUCUUGUAUCUUUGUUGUUUUUGUUUAUUUUUAUUUGGAAAUUUAUUUGGAUCGACGAAAAUGUAUACGGAUCACUUUUAAUUUAUUUGGAACGACUUGAAAAUGUAUAUGUGAAAGACUCAAGGAAUAAAAUUGCUUCAUUGUCUGAAACGUAGUGCAAUAGCGUGGAAACAGUUUCUGUUCUUUCGAUGAACUGUUAGCAAAUUGGCUUGUGCAGUUUUACACUUCUUUCAAAAAAGUUAUAAUAAACGAGUAUUUUUCAA